AUGGUUGAAUUGGAUCUCCAAGCAUCGAUAGAGCGUGGAAUGCCUCCAAAUGUCCGAUUAGGAGAUUUCAACAUCAAACCACCACUAAACGUCGACGAUGAAAACCUUGAGGAGUCUAUGCAAGACUCUUUAGUCAGCAUGCCAAUUGAUACACUGAUAAACGCUUCUUUCCAAGCGCUUCUCUAUCACUCGUUGCCCGUGAGGCUAAAGAUAUGCGCCUUCAUAAAUGGAUGUUGCGAAGAGGUCGAUUUUGACAAGGUCUUGGAACUAGAGGAGGAGCUACGACAGGCACUUCAAGACAUUCCAGCAUGGGAUAGCCCUCAAGCUGAUCCACGACAGCACCGAACCGCGACAUACAUUAAACACAUGCUAGGUAUCGUCCUGCACCAGUACAUCGUCUUGCUACAUUUCCACUUCCUGGUCCGAACUACCUCCCUAUCUAAAUCCCUGAUUUGCCGACGCGCGAGGUUAGACGCAUCCACGAAGAUCCUCGACUAUUACCAAAGACUCAUAAAGGAGGAGAUGUUGCCAGAGCAAGCUUGCAGGACGGGUUUAACACUUGCGGCACUGAGCAUCUGCCAUGAAAUCUACCUGAAUCUUGAAUCACGCGGUUAUGGCCAGAGUCGGCUGCAGAAUCGGACAAAGAAGCUGGAGAGCGAGUGA